AUUGCUGUUCCCAGUUGAGAGGAGGAGGAGAAAGAAUGGACAUGAACAGGAAAACUAAGACGCCGGCAUCAAGAGUUGUCAGAAUAGAUUCAGAACAAUCCUGGGAUUUCUUCAUCACUCAGGCUAACGGUCAAGGCUGCCCUAUAAUGGUACAUUUUACAGCAGCUUGGUGCGUGCCCUCAGUGGCCAUGAGCCCUUUGUUUGAACAACUGGCCUUCACCUACCAAGAUGUUUUGUUUCUUUCCGUCGAUGUGGACGAUGUCCAGGAGGCAGCAUCCAAGAUGGAAAUCACAGCAAUGCCAACAUUUUUGUUGAUGAAUCAAGGCACUCAUGUCAACAAGCUUGUUGGUGCCAAUCAUGAUGCGAUCAAGAAAAUGAUUGCUGAUUUCGUUCUUCACUUCCGUUCUUCUAAACUUCCUACAUAG